CGGCCCAGCUGACAGUGCCCGUGCCCGGGCCGCCCCGGCCGGAGCUCUGGAGUUCCGGGUGCGGGUGCUCGGUGUGGAGCCGGGUGGGAAUUGCCUGAGCCAGGCCCCUGACGUGGUGGAGCUGGCGGCCCUCCAGCUUCCCCGUCCAUGCCCUUGAAAAGGAGUGUUCACUCGGUGGUGGCGGCUUGCAAGGUGGCAGGUUUGAAAUUGCAGCGGUGGAGCAGCGUCAGCCAAAAAUAACCACGGGGCCCUGCGGUGGCCGGGAUCCGGAGGGCAGCCGCUGGCCUGGCCGGCUGCUCCCGUCAGCCCAGUUCUGGCCAGGAAGAGCAAAUGAGGAGCCUACUGGGUCUGCGCAGAGAAGCUGGCACGCUCUGCCUGGCUUCCUUCACCGUGUAGAGCAGAGCCUUACUGAAUGCAUCACUGUAAGCGAUACCGCUCCCCUGAGCCAGACCCGUACCUGAGCUACCGAUGGAAGAGAAGGAGGUCUUACAGUCGGGAGCACGAAGGGAGACUGCGAUACCCAUCUCGAAGGGAGCCUCCACCUCGGAGAUCUCGGUCCAGAAGCCAUGACCGCUUACCCUACCAGAGGCGGUACCGGGAGCGCCGUGAUAGCGACACCUACCGAUGUGAAGAGCGGAGCCCAUCUUUCGGAGAGGACUACUAUGGAUCUUCACGUUCCCAUCAUCGUCGACGGUCCCGGGACAGAGAGCCGUACCGGACUCGCAAACAUGCCCACCAUUGCCACAAACGCCGCACCAGGUCUUGUAGCAGUGCCUCCUCGAGAAGCCAACAGAGCAGUAAGCGCAGCAGCCGGAGUGUGGAAGAUGACAAGGAGGGCCACCUGGUGUGCCGGAUCGGCGAUUGGCUCCAAGAGCGAUAUGAGAUUGUGGGGAACCUGGGCGAAGGCACCUUUGGCAAGGUGGUGGAGUGCUUGGACCAUGCCAGAGGGAAGUCUCAAGUUGCCCUGAAGAUCAUUCGCAACGUGGGCAAGUACCGGGAGGCUGCCCGGCUAGAAAUCAAUGUUCUCAAAAAAAUCAAGGAGAAGGACAAAGAGAACAAGUUCUUGUGUGUCUUGAUGUCUGAUUGGUUUAACUUCCACGGUCACAUGUGCAUCGCCUUUGAGCUCCUGGGCAAGAACACCUUUGAGUUCCUGAAGGAGAAUAAUUUCCAGCCUUACCCCCUACCACAUGUCCGGCACAUGGCCUACCAGCUCUGCCACGCCCUUAGAUUUCUACACGAGAACCAACUGACCCACACAGACUUGAAGCCAGAGAACAUCCUGUUUGUGAAUUCCGAGUUUGAAACGCUCUACAAUGAGCAUAAGAGCUGCGAGGAGAAGUCCGUGAAGAACACCAGCAUCCGGGUAGCUGACUUCGGCAGCGCUACCUUUGACCACGAGCAUCACACCACCAUUGUGGCCACUCGUCACUACCGCCCGCCUGAGGUGAUCCUUGAGUUGGGCUGGGCACAGCCCUGUGACGUCUGGAGCAUCGGCUGCAUUCUCUUCGAGUACUACCGGGGCUUCACGCUCUUCCAGACCCACGAAAACCGCGAGCAUUUGGUGAUGAUGGAGAAGAUCCUAGGACCCAUCCCAUCACACAUGAUCCACCGAACUAGGAAGCAGAAAUAUUUCUACAAAGGCGGCCUGGUUUGGGACGAGAACAGCUCUGAUGGCCGCUAUGUGAAGGAGAACUGCAAACCUCUGAAGAGUUACAUGCUCCAAGACUCCCUGGAGCACGUGCAGCUGUUCGACCUGAUGAGGAGGAUGUUAGAGUUUGACCCUGCCCAGCGCAUCACACUGGCGGAGGCCCUGCUGCACCCCUUCUUUGCCGGCCUGACCCCCGAGGAGCGGUCCUUCCACACCAGCCGCAACCCCAGCAGAUGACAGGCACAGGCACUGCCCGAGGAGAUGGACUGGGCUGCCGGGCCCUCUCCAGCCGCUCACCGCCGGCCCCGGCCAGAGCCACCCCGUGAACAGUGCAAUGUGAAGGAAGGCAGGUGCCUGCGAGGGCGGAGACAUGCCCAGCUGCCAGAAAGCACAGAUUUGACCCAAGCUAUUUAUAUGUUGUAAAGUUAUAAUAAAGUGUUUCUUACUGUUUGUAA